GCGAAAAUAAAAAAGGAAAAAAUGGAGUGGUGUGAAGGUAAAGCGGCAGAGCACUUUCUUGGUGAAAAGAGAAGAAAGAAACCCAAAAGCGAGGCAAAAUCUAUCCACUGAAAUUGAAAUGCGACGAGAACGACUUCUUUUAGGAAGUAUCCUCAACAACACACCUUUCAUUUCUUCUACCAAUUCUUUUUCUUCUUCUUCAAUUCAUUCAUCACAUUUACAGCCAUUUGGGAAACUCAAACAUUUGGGAUUUGACCUUCCUGAUGUCUGGCCUUCUGAUACCUGCUCUCAACCUUCUCCUAAACUUCACUUUGAUGGGCCAAGUGCUAAAAUCAUUGAUGGCAAGUCUAUCGCGGCUGUGAUUAAGUCACAAGUAGCUUCCGAGGUUUCAAGGAUGAAGGACAUGGUUGGAAAGCAUCCUGGGUUGGCUGUUGUUUUGGUAGGUGAAAGAAAUGAUUCUCAUUCGUUUGUCCGUACAAAGAUGAAAGCUUGCGAUGAAGUUGGAAUCAGUUCGUCUAUGGUAGAGUUGCAUGCUGAUUGUACGGAGGAUGAAGUCCUUCAUGUAGUUUCAAACUUGAACAGGGAUCCAUCACUUCAUGGCGUCCUUGUGCAACUUCCCCUUCCGAAACAUUUGAACGAGGAGAAGAUCCUGAACGUUAUUAAUCCUGAGAAGGACGUUGAUGGUUUUCAUCCCUUUAAUAUGGGCAGCCUUGCAAUGAAGGGAAGGGAGCCCUUUUUUGUUCCAUGUGGAGCCAAAAGCUGUAUUGAUUUAUUGCUUAGGACUGGUGUUGAAAUGGUGGGAAAGAAUGCUGUUGUGAUAGGGCGAAGCAAGAUUGUUGGAUUGCCAGUGUCAUUAUUGCUUCAGAGGCACCAUGCCACAGUGAGUAUUGUGCAUUCAUUCACCAAGAACCCACAAAAUUUAACACGUGAAGCAGAUAUAAUCAUCACAGAUGUUGGUGUCCCAAACAUGAUUCGAGGCAAUUGGUUGAAACAAGGUGCAGUUGUUAUUGAUGCAGGAACCAACGCAGUUAAGGACCCGAAUAGGAAACAUGGGUUCCAUCUAACAGGAGAUGUAUGCUUUGAAGAAGCUGUUAGGGUGGCAUCCGCAAUCACCCCUGUUCCAGGAGGAGUAGGACCUGUAACUAUCUCCAUGCUGCUCACCAAUACUUUUGAUUCUGCUAAACGUGCUUAUGGAUUUGUCUAAGGUUUUAGACUACUGUUGAGUGUAGCAGAAAUUAAAAGGAGCUAUUAUUAGAAUUUAGAUGAAUCUAAUCAGAGUUUCCAAGUUAAUGAAGAACACAACUUACGUCGGGAAUCAAAUUAAAUGCGGACAAGUUAUCCUAAUUGAUAAUUUAAAGGGGAAAUCCCAUUGUUAUGGACAAAUUAGACCAUGCAUGAUGCAACUGUUCUAGCGAAUAGUUACUAAAUCUUUUUUUUUAAGUUACCAAAUGGGAGACACUUAACGGCAUAAAGCGUUAUGAAAUGUGUAUCUAUUCGGUUCUUGUAUUAAUCCUUUUUUGUCUGAUUAAUGUUAAACAAGUGUAGUAUCAAUGUUGGUUGAUCAAUGUUAGUUUUAAUCAAUUUUGAAUUGGCUGGAAAUUUUAUUUUGGUUUGUUUUAUCCACGUUGAACCGAACAUUUAUGCUUGACUUGAUCGUGUGAGCUUUAGGUCUCCAAAUCUGAAAUCUUAGGUGCCUCCCUGCUGGACCUGUUUGAAUUGAGCGUGCAUCAUAUAUUUAGGGAUAAAUAUGGGUUGGAUUAACUAGACCCAGAUUCAGAGUCUAUUUUUUUUUAUUAAACUCUGAUUCAAUCCAGAUUCAAAGUCUGAAAAUUGAUGUAUUCACAUUAAUGAUUCUUUUUUUAAUAAAAAUUUAAAAAACUAAGCUUGGUUUUGAAGCUAUUUUUCAGAUAACUGUCUUCUAGUCCAAAGCUAAGGUAAGAAGUUUGUUAGCUAUUAGUAAUGAACAGAAUAAAAUUGGUCAAAAUUAGUUAAAAAAAGUCUAAAUCUUCUUUUAUUCGUUGUUACCAACAACAACUAAGGAGACUUGAUUAAAUUAAGUCAAGCCUUUGUUCAUUGUUUACUAAUAGCAAACAAAGUUUGAUUUUGUUCGAUUAUGUAACAGCGAACAAAAGAAGACUUGAAUUUUUUUACCUUUUCUCUUAGUUAUUUAAACUAAAUGUUGUAACAAACUGCACGCCUAGUUUUGAUACAUCCAAAAUCUCAUCUUCCUCUCUCAAUCAUUUAAAAAUACAGUUGUGAAGUAAGAGUAAGGUAUAUUUCUAUAAAUUCUGUUAUUUACUCAUUACUUUUAAUAAUUAUUAAAUUUUAUUAUUUAUUUUAGUUAAUAAUGUUAAUUUAUUUUGUUA